AGUAGAGGAGGGGGUGGUUGUGGUAAAAUGGAUGGAUGAAUGAAUAUCUUGAGGGGUCGAGGAUUAUGUUUGGAUGUUCAUUCGGUGUGGUUGGCAUUCCCGGCCUGGCAUGUCAGGUCACGAAGUUGAUAGCGUGGUGGGUCAGAAGUGCGUGUUGGGAGGGAGGACAUGACAGGUCGGGUGGGGAGGUAGUAGUGGUGUAUGUUUUCGGCUGUUCUAUUUAAAGGGCGUCUUUCACAGCUACACCCUUCCCCAUCAACAACAUCAAGAUCAAUGACCUCAGCACCACCUAUCAUCUUCUGGACUACAAAUUACCACCCAAACAUUAGUAUUGGCUGUCAUCGGAUUGGCUGUCAUCGGAUUCGAGGCUCACCAUUGAAAAUUUAUUCAGCGGGUUUCAACUAUCAAGCGGAGCGCUCUGAGGUAGAUACAGGGCCCACUCAAUCCACUUCACCUCCUCAAGUCGAAUGCUUCGAGGAUCAAGCCUACAAGUACAACACCAACAGCCAUUCGACCUCUACCUUCCUACAGCAUCACCUCAACUAUAUUUUCUUUCUAAAACUACAACUCCGUUUAAAGAACAAAUAUUUCUUUCCAAGCACCACUCAUAGUAUCACUUCAUCAUACAAAAUGGAAGAUUUCAAUUUCUCUCGUCAUGGUAAUAGCAAUGAUGACUAUAUGGAUGACAACUUGGAUUACCAGCUUGAUGAAGAACCAGAGUCAACAACUGGAAAUCAACCAGAGAAAGAGCCAGAGACCCAGUCAUCUCCUUCUCACGAGUUGAUUCCAUCAAUCGAGCGUACUGCUUCAGCCAGUGAGCCGAGCCAAGUUCAGGACCAAAUCAACAAUGAAGUUGAGUCGAGUUCAGCUUUGAAGAUCAAGUCUGAGGAGCAUGACCCCAUGUAUUUCACUCAUAAUCCUCCUCCUUAUGCAGCGCGUCAACAAUCGGCCGCCCGCACUCCACCUGUCGAGAACCCUGUCAGAUCUCUUCAAGUCCCACAAUCAGAGAGCGCUGCAUCAGCUGCUUCAUCUUCACCUGGACAGCCUUCAUCUCCGACAUCACUUACCCCGCAACUGACCUCUGCUUCGAUUUUCGGUGGACCACCUUCACAACUUCUACCAUCUAGCAAACAUGGUCCGUCCAUAACCAGCAGUCAUCCAAUACCAUCCAUCUUUGGACAAACUAUCAAAAGCACGCCAUCUUCAAAGCCUACCCCUCCACCUCAGGCACAAGAAGACGAUGAUGACGGCGAUUUCAUGAUCAUCGAGCCUCAACAAGCUUCAGUGACAGCUCAACAGAAAUGGAGCUCACAAAGCCCCCAGAAGACUUCGAAUGAUGUUGUAUUCAUCAAGGAGGAGAGAAGAGACGAUGAUGUCCGUCCUCUCAACCCACCGCCGGCUCCGAAACCAAAUACACCAAGAAAGAAACUUGAUCCCGCGAAGCUGAUGGCUGCUCAAAGAGCAAUGUAUCAGAGAAGCAAGGCCCAGAAUAAUGGAGAAGGCAGCUCAAGAGGACACAUACGUCCUGAAGUACCAAACCAUUUUGCGCGCUUUGAAGACAAUACUUUCGGUACCUCUGAUCAAGCUGACGCCGUCAUGCAAGAUGCCAGCGAGGACAACUCUUGGAUGAAUGAGGAAGACGAGGCUGACCCCGAGUAUGAGAAGAUGCUUAAGCUCAAGAACCUGCUGGUUCGUAAACAGCGAUCCAAGACCAUUACAGCCGACGAGUCUGUGCAUCUCUACAAAAUCAUAAAGCGUAUCGAGACCAGAGAUCGUCUCCGUGUAGCUGUAUCCCGGAUUGGUGAGGAUGAGCAGGAGGAGGACCCAAAUUCUCUGUUCCUUCCUGAAACUCGAGAGGAGACCGUCAAGCGCCGUCAUAGAGAGCGAGAAGAGCGACUUGCAGCAGAAGAAGGUCGCCGUCUUCAAGCAGAGUCUGAAGAGGUCGAAGACGCCGAAUCCGAAUCGGAUGAUAACGCUGGCGAGGGAGAGUACAAUGACGAUGACGCCAUGGCUGGUAUAUUCGCUGAAGAGAACGGUCCCCCUGAGGUCGAACCAGAUCUCGGUCUCACCAAAGCCGGCAAGCCUCGUAAGAGACGCGCCAAGGUUGCAAAGGGACCCUUCGAGUAUAUGCAACGUAAAGAUGAACAGCGUCGUGAGAAGGAACGUGCUAAGGCUCAGAAGAAGAAAGGCCAUGAACCAGCUGCAGCUCCUGCUUCUCGACGCAAGGUCAAGUCUCCUGUUACGAGAGGACGAGGUAAAGCCAAAGUCAAAGACAAGGGUAAAGGCAAGGAGAAAGAGAAGCCUGCUAAGAAGGGCAAAGGUAAAGGCAAAGAGCUCGUCACCAAUGGUCAAAGUCUUCUCGCAUCCGGUCGAUUUCGAUCCUUCAACAAUGUCGACCCUGUCGGUCACAUGAUUCUGGAAGACCUCAUGAACAACGAUCCUAUAUCCGACCGUCUUCAAAACCCCAUCUUCAAUCGCCCUGCCGAAGAGACUAUAUCAGGCCACAAAACCAAAGCCACGCAAUUCCAACUGUUGUUCGCCAAUAUUCCCGAGCCCGAAGAUGCACUGACCCGUGGAGCUGUGCGCAGUGAUAAAGCUAAACUUAGAGAUGCGAGUAAGAGUUUCGGCUAUGCCAAAUGUAAGGCAGUGGAUGGGAAGUGGUUGAUCAAGGGGAUGAACAGUACGCUCUAUCACCACCAGUUGUUGGGUGCGCAGUGGAUGGUUGAGCGAGAAUUGAGUAGUCAACCUCCGCAUGGAGGGCUGUUGGCUGAUAGUAUGGGUCUGGGAAAGACGGUACAGACAUUGGCUUGCAUGGUUGGGAAUCCUCCUGGUCUUGAGGACAUCAAGCGUAAGGUUAAAGCAACACUCAUCGUCGCCCCCGCCACAAUCGUCAAGCAAUGGACGGAAGAGAUCGAAGCUCAUGUCAAUGACAAGGUCUUCCCCAAAAUUCUACACUACAAGUCCUCCUCCACAGUGUCCCUCUCCAUCCUCGAGGACAUAGACAUCGUCGUAACGUCUUACAACGUAGUAAUGAAGCAGUUCCCUUGGCCCGAUAAGGAAGGUCGCAUGGAGAUUGCUCGCCAUGGUUAUCCUGCUUGGGCCAAGGGUGCACUUGAGAAGAUGGGAUUACUGCAUCAAGUCAACUGGUAUCGCGUUGUGUUGGACGAGGCUCAGGCUAUUAAGAACAACAGCGCGCGGACCAGCUUAGCGUGUCAGAACCUAAAGAGUGUUUAUCGAUUGUGCUUAACCGGUACGCCGUUGUUGAACCGGUUGGAAGAACUCUUUCCAUACCUCCGAUUCCUCAAGGCAAAUUAUAGCAUGGAUUGGGCGAUGUUUCAGAAGUACUUCUGUGAUCCUGACGCCAGUGAUUGCUACAACCGCAUUGCUACCCUCCUCAGCUACACCAUGAUGCGUCGGACUAUGAAGACAUCAAUUCUCAAUCGCCCUAUUCUUACUCUACCCGAACCACAUCCUCAUAUUCAAUAUGUAAAUUUCUCACCAGAGGAGACCAUCAUCUACCGUAUUACCGAAAAUCGCUUCCGAAACAACCUCAAUGCCUUCUUCAAAAAGGGUGAUGCCAGCCGCAACUACGGCUUCUUCAUGGUCCAACUCCUCCGCUUACGACAGUGCACAUCACACCCAUUUAUGCUGGAGCGUACAAUCAAGGAGAGCUGGACAAUGGAGGACGUACAAGAGUUGAAGACUCGUAUGACGAAAAUCAAAACGGCCAAUAGACCGUUCUACGAGCAGUGCCAGUUGUGGGUCGAAACGUCCGAAGCACAUCGUGCUGAAGCCCGCGCGCGAGGUGAGGUUGUCCCAGAUGAUGAGAUGCUGCCGUUUGGUCAGUCGUCUUUUGGUCAUACAUUUGAUAUGGAGCAGCCGCUGGGAACCCUAGAUGAGGGAGAGCUUUACAAGAGAGUUACUUGUUCUCUAUGCUCGGAUGUCCCGACUGAGCCAUUGAAAACCGAUUGUGGUCAUGUGUUUUGCAAAGACUGCAUCGACACAUUUGUCAAUGCGCUCGUCGCCCAGGAAAACGAAUACAUGACGUGCCCGGAAUGUAACCGCAUUUUCGACAAAACCACUCCCGUCAUUAAUCCUCUCAUCGACGACGGCGACACAACAUCCUCAUCUAGCAGACGCCGGUCCAAAAACAAAGGAAAAGGCAAAGGUCGUGAGGGCCAGGAGGAAAUUGAUCCAAAGAAGGAUUUUUUCAGCAGGGGACGGGAUCUUAUGGGUUUCGAACCGAUGACCAAUGAUAGUACUUGGAUCAGUAAGAGUGAUAGGGAGCCGGGCUUUGUCUUGACGCCGAGUACGAAGACGACUGCGCUGAAGGCGUUGCUGUUGAAGGGUUUUGAGGAAGCGCCGUUGGAUAAGGUGGGUUCACUCCUCUUCAUCGUUUCACAAACACUUUUCAAAGUCACGGACAGAGCUGGGAACAUUGGAAGGCCGGCGGCGGUGGGAAGUGAGAGCUGA